AUGGCCCGAGGCCCUCCCGGAGGAGUCUUGGGGGUGCUGGGUGGGGUCGUAGCCGCUGGGCUCCUCAUCGCCAUGGCCGUCACUGUCUUCAUGGUCUGUCGGCGGCAGCAGAAGACCCGCACCAACACUGACAAUGAUCUGACCGACCUCCCGCCCGCCCACAAGCCGGUCCCUCCCCCGCCCAAAAAGAGGAGCAGUGAUUUGAAGGGCCACUUGACAUCCGAUGACAUCCAGGUGCUUACCCUGGACAAGAAGCUUCCUCUCCAGCCUCCAUAUUACGACAUGGUACCCUCUGAGUCUACACCCUUCACUAACAAGCCGAACUCUGGCCACAGGGACUGUGACGUCCAGUAUGCAGAGCUGGAUACUGCGUCUCUGGCCUUCUCCCCCAGCACACGGAGCUCUAUGCACUCUGCCGGGGACCUUGUCGAGUAUGCAACCGUCCAGGCUAGCUCACACUAA